AAAAUGCCAUUAUUCAAUAAAAAAUUCGAAUCGAAAAUUAUUCCACCACGCACGGGACGCUGUAAUACUGGUUUUCCCAUGGUCAAUGAAGACUUGGAUGAAUACAAACAGAUAUCGCUGAAUUUGGGUAAUAAGGAAUUACGUUUUGCCGAUGGUAUAUGGAUACAUUCUGCACGAAAGGGUGAUGUUGACGAAGUUGUUCGUUUGAAUCGUCGCAUAAAAACACUGGAAGAGGAAAAUAAUAUGUGCAAUGUAAAAAUUGAAGUACUACUGGAUUUAUUGGCGGAACAUGCCACAGUUAUAAAUGUUUUAAAAUCAAAUAAGUCGAGUUAA